UUCUUUGUUUCCCUGUCGUCGUCUCUGAAACACCAAACAAAGAGAUGUGGCGCACCAUUGACGCCCAUCUGAGGUCCGUACGCCUCAUCCCCAAGCUCUCCGCUUAUUCUUCUUCUUCUUCUUCAUCGUCUCUUCUGUUCGCCGCCGGCCGGUCGUUUCUCACUCGCUCGAGUUCGAGCCUCCUCUCGCCGGUGCCGCAGUCUCACUCGAUUACUCUCUGCAGAACCCUAUCCUCCCGCGCUAACGUUAAUUGUUUCUCGAGUGAUUGGUGUAUUGGCCUUGGAAUUCGGCGCUUCGGAAGAUCGAGUUGCGGUUUGGUUGUGUUGGCGAGGUGCAUUACCUCCUCGGUGCACACGUUGGAGUGGAAUGAACCGGUGUCGUGUUCGGAGGUCGGCGAUGGAGGUUUCCGGAGUAUCGGGGAAGGAGUUAGCGAUGGUGAAGGGGAUGAAGUUGAGGAGGAUUCUAGGCCCUCUAUUCCUGUCAGAGCUUAUUUCUUCUCGACUAGUGUUGAUUUGAGAAGCUUGGUGGAUCAGAAUAAAUGCAACUUUAUCCCGCCAUCAUCACGUAUGACGAAUUAUGUUGUCCUUAAGUUCGGCGAUCUUUGUAAUGCGAACACGCUUAGCGCCAGCAUAACCGGCAGUGACUGCUGUUUCAUGGUAGUUUUUCAGUAUGGCUCCAUUGUGCUGUUUAAUGUCCGCGAACAUGAGGUUGAUGGGUAUUUGAAAAUUGUAGAGAAACAUGCAUCUGGAUUGCUUCCUGAAAUGAGAAAAGAUGAGUAUGAGGUGAGAGAGAAGCCUGCUUUGAAUACAUGGAUGGAAGGGGGACUGGACUACAUAAUGCUGCAAUACUUGAAUAUUGAUGGUAUACGUACCAUAGGUAGUGUUCUUGGUCAAAGCAUUGCUCUUGAUUACUAUGGGCGACAGGUUGAUGGGAUGGUUGCCGAAUUCACUGACAUAAACCGUGAAAUGGAAGCAACUGGGAAGUUUAAAAUGAAGAGGAAGAAACUUUUCCAGUUGGUGGGAAAGGCAAACUCGAAUCUUGCUGAUGUUAUUCUCAAGCUUGGACUUUUUGAGAGAUCAGACAUUGCGUGGAAGGAUGCAAAAUAUGCCCAAAUAUGGGAAUAUCUCAGAGAUGAGUUUGAACUAACACAGAGAUUCGCAAGUCUAGAUUUCAAAUUGAAGUUUGUGGAGCAUAAUAUUCGCUUCCUACAGGAAAUUCUGCAGAACAGGAAAUCAGAUUUUUUGGAAUGGCUGAUCAUCGCAUUGAUUGGUGCCGAAAUUCUACUCUCACUUUAUGACAUUAUUCAUAGAUCAGCGGCUAAUCUUUAGCACUGCUUGUUUGCUGAUCCUUGCAUUUUGAUCCGGGUAGUUAUGGUCGGGUUUCUGUGCUCGGUAAGUAUAUCGCCACUGCAAUUUGUAGAAUGUACAUAGCUAUGUAAAUUGGAACGUUCUGCUAUACAACCCCGAUAAUUUAACGAAUUUAAAUUAUCGAACCGCACUCUAAGAGCGCCUGAGUACUUAUAUAGUUUUAGAGUAUUUGAACAGUUCUCCCAAUUCUUUGUUGAAGAAAUGGAUCUUAGUAUUGUCUUUUUAUUUACUUA